GCGGCCGAGCGCCCCGCUGCCCGCCCAGGAGCCCGCGCUGUGGCUGGCCGAGGUGGCGCUGCCGGACGAGGACGCCGCCAGCCCCUUCUGGUACAAGUUCCUGCGGCGGGAGGGCGGCCACUUCCUCUGGGAAGGUAACGGAGGGGACCCCCUGGCCGUGCCGGGCCGCCUGCCCCGCCGGGAGGAGCGGUGCGGCUCUCUGAGCAAUGGCUGUGGCGCCGUCCGCUCGCAGCCCCGCCGCUCCCUGCCGCGGCCGGGGGCCUGUCCCGGGCGGGAGCUGCCGGUGCACGUAGAGCCGCCCAGGCUGUCGCGGCUGUCGUGACGUGGGUUCUCGCAAACAAAAAUGUUUUUUGGCUGUGUGACGGAGGCGGGUGAAUGCAGAAGGAGGCUGACUUUCUAGAAGUGAAGAAUUUAGGAUCUCCUAGUAUGCACUAUGGUGUGGGUUAUUUUAUUUGGCUAAGGUGAAACGUCAUGAUGGCAUUUUCACGCUGAAUUGCAGGAAAAGUGAAUUUAUGGAAUAAAAAUCUUUACAUCUGUCCAAGGAAGCAGAAUUGGGUCUCUUUGAAGGUGCCAAGUUCUACAUAAUAUGACAGUGACACUGGUCUAUAAAGCAGUCCUCAUCACACAGAUUAUAGAAAUAAUAGUAGAAAUAGAAAUAAUUAGAAUUGCAUAGAAAUAAUAGAGAAUAAUUACAGAGAAUCACCAAUUUUAAAGUUGAUGGUUAUUCUCUGGUUGGAAGUAGUGGUAGCUCAAAUUGUUGUGUAUUCCAGGGAGCACGUUUAGGAAAUGUAGUCAGAGUAAUAAACAUAUUUUGUUUUGGCAGAUUUGCAGUUUUAGGAUUAACCUGGCUGGCAUUUUGUUCUUGUCAUUGUGAAUGCUCAGGAGUUUGAGCUCAGUGCUUAGCAGGAAUGAUAGAAAGCAAGUGGGCAUAUCAUCUAAAUGCAGAAGAAUUUUUAAAUUAGUCAUUAAUAUAAACAAUUUUUUCCUUGAUUGAUAUUUACAGGAAAGCACAAAUUUGCUUAAACCUUGAAAUUUAUUGUUCUUUCUUUAUUGCAUGAAGGGAGCCUAGGGAUGUUUUCUUAUCCAAUAACUGAGCAAUCUUGCCAUUCGUUUUAAUCUGUUUUAGUGGUUUUGGGUUUUUUCUUUUUAUAACUGUGAUCAAUGAAAAUUUGGCUGUCAUCUGUUUAUUCUUGUAAAAAUCACAACUUGAAAAGACAACUCUUUUCUUAAGAAAAGAACAGGUGUUUUUUUGUGCUAAGCAAAUGCUGUGCAUUGUCUCUGUAGUAUCCUGUGUGUUUAGAAUUAAAAUGGGCUUUGGGAAACACUUAGCACUUGCAGAACAUCUGCAGUUUUGAAGACAUGUUCGUGAGGGAUAGAGGAAAGUGCAGAAUGAUACUUGCUCUAAGUUUUUGAGUUGAGGCAUCCAUCUGUAACCAGAGAAACUGUAGUUAAUGGAUGUCAGUGUAGUUAGGGAUGUCAGAUGUUUACAUAUACUGGAUAUUGAAAUCAUGUGCUGUAUUUAAGAAAAUGACUUCAGAUUUUUUACUAAGAUACGUAUGCGUGUGAGAAUUCCACUGGCAGAGCAUAUUUUUUUUACGAUAGUACGAUACCCAUGUAUCAUGUAAUUUGAGUACAAAUUUCAGCCAUUCCAAUACAGUGGGGAAGACUGAAAGAUUACAGUGGAGGUAGUUAUUUAUGUGGGCUAGAAGAGUCAAAGUCACAGGCCAGUGUUCUGUGGCUUUUGGUAGGAAGCUUUCAGGCAGGGCUUGGCCUGUGCAAGAUUCACUGGGUUGUUGCAUGUGGCUUGAGGGAGCAAGUUCCCCUCCCUAGGAGGAUGAAGUGGGAGGUGAGACUCCCCUGUGCUCCUGAAGAUGACGUGCUUCUGCUGUCCCAGGGAGAUGUUGCUGGUCUGCACACAGGACCUGUCACUUAAAGCCAUUGAGUGUUUCUGGCUCAGGUCACAUGAGCUGUUUGGGGUUUCUUCAGGAUUGGUGCUUGCUUACCUACUGUGAAAGCUGAAGCCUGCUAUCCAGGAGGGUUUGUGAUAUGCUAAGGUGUCUGUCAAAACAGGUUGGUUAUGCUGAGCUUCAGAAUCUGGGAAUAGGUUUAGAAAAAAGGCUAAAUUUAUGUGUGUACCUUUUUCUCCCCCAACUGCACCUGUGUCUGUGUACUUUGUUUUUUGUGUUGAUUCUUCAAAACUGGACUUAACAUCUCUCAGUUUGGAAACUAAAAGAAUUUUGUGUCUGCUGUCAAAACGAAAUAAAUACAAGAUGAAACUUAUGCUUGAGUUUAUUUUUGUGAGUUUAUGAUGGAAGACUCAUCUGUGCCUUUAUCUCCUUACUUUCAUCUAAAUAAACUGUAGGUACUAAUAAAGAAACAUGCUGCAUAAAAGGACAGGGAAUUUGUUAGAGGUAUGCCCCAAACUGUAUUUUGAGAGGAUGGAAUACAGUCUGCUGACACUUUGUAUUUUUGGGAAGGGAAAAAAUAAAUUGUAUAGAAAACCUACAUAAGCUUGUAGUACAUACACAAGCUUGCAAUGUAAAAUAUUGCCCCUUUGUUGCCCAGAGAAAUUGUGGAUGCCCCUUCCUUGAAGUGUUGAAGGCCAGCUUUUAUGGGGCCCUGAGCAACCUGGUCUACUGAAACGUAUCUCUGCCUGGGGAACUGGGUGAUCUUUAAGGCCACUUCCAACCCAAACCAUUUUGUUAUUCUGUGAUUUUUGUGUAGCUCUUAGUUUAGAUGGUGUAGAUGGAGCUUGCCAGAUCCAGUAUUACCAGUGAAAGCACAGCCAGCCUAUAUUCUAGUAAUUUGUUCAGGUGAGCAGAGCCUUAAUUCUUACAAAAAAACCUCCAUCUCUAGUUUUGGGGAGGGAGGAGGAGAGAAAAGAUGUCUUGUUUGCAAGACAAAUGAUACAAUACAGUGCAAUUUAAAUACAAUUAUGUUACUCAGCCUGUAGUAUGUUGGCCUUCCAACAUUUCCAGUUCAUGCUUCUGUGAGCCUAUUUGUAUAAACCAAAAGACUGGUAGAUUUUUGGAGUAAUAAGUGUUUUCACAUCACUGUAAUACAACCAGUGAAAAUAUCAGAAAUAAAUUCUGAUCAUAGGAUUGAGCACCUGAUUAGUUGAAAACAUUGCUGAUAGUUAAGCACAAUAAAAUUUCACUUUUAAAGUGUGUUGAAGCUUGAAGCAAUCUGACUUUUGGCUUCAGCUCUUUGAAUAAAAAAGGUGUAAUUUCUUCAUUAAAAGGAGGGGAUUCUUCUGAGGCUGUAUGAGAAGGUAAGAUCUAGUUGCCAUUUGCAAUGGAGAGAUUGUAAUGGAAUGAAAAAUACUUGGGGCUAAGUCUUAGCAGGAUAUGCAAAAUAAAAAAAAAAUUGAGGCCAUUCUAAGAAGUACAGUUGGAUACAAUGUUAAUUUCUAUAACUGAGAUCCAUGGGGUUUUCCUUUUUUUUUUCCCUCCAAACCUAAUCUGCAGAUCCCCCAAAUUGGUAGCAGUUCCAUUAUUAAAAACAAACAAACCUGAAUUAAAAAACAAAAACAAAAACCAGCAAACCCUGAAGAGUUACAUUUCUUCACGGGUCUUUUAAUGCAGCUGUUUCAUGUAGUGCUCUUCCCACUGGGUGGUGCCAUAUUCCCUGUGUAUAGCCAGCGCCUGCCUAGCGUCUCGCAGCUACUUGCAUGUUUCAUUAGUAUUUUGUGUAAUCUGUUAGGCUCUUGAAAAUAAUCCAGAAUUUUACUUACUUUCCCAAAUCCCAGUUCUGAAGUAGGUGGUGAGUAGAAAUCAACAUAAAGCACAAGUUAUGUGAUUGUUGUAUAAUUGUGCAUCAUAGGCAUUUUGUUCCUGCAAAGCUCUUGCUUUCUGGACAGCACUAGAUAACCUUAACACUUUUCAGAUGUGACAAAACUUAACGAGUGGAUAACUUUGAAUUCUUCAACCCAAUACUUCUUUAAGGAAUGGAAAAAAGCUUUGGUUACAAUGUGGAAUAGCUCAUUGUGUUUUGUUCUUCAACCCCCUCAAGGCUUAUACAUAGCAUGCAUUUUGGUGCAAUUAAAUGGCAUCAAGAUUCUCUUUCUAUCUGCUUAUCAGCAUUAGCCAGCUUAUACUGAGCAACCAGACAUCAGUAAAAAAAACGUAGAAUGGCCAUGUGAAACUGCAAAAUUACAAGAAUAAAAAUAAAUGCAUAUAGUUGCAUUCUUCUGCGUUUGGCAGGCAUAGAUCUUUUCCUACCCACAGAGAUAAUCAGGGGCCAGUUCUGAUUUCUGUGCGAGUCUAAUUAAAGCCUUCGUGGUUAUAAUGGCAAAUUUACAAUAAAUGCUUUUUUUAUGCAAAUCCUAUAUUUACCAUUUUUCCUUUCCCUCACUUCUAAGUGGAAGGUGGGCUCAACAACUUAUUUUGAAUGGAAAGAAACACUGAGAAGUGAUAAGUAAUUGGGAUGAUACUUUGGUCAAAGUAUUGCCAUGGUUGCUAUUUUGAUGUAGUUCAUUUCCUGCCUAUUCUGGUAUGGUAGAAAGUAACAAUUAGUAGUAGACAGUACAGUAAACAGUGUCAGAGCAAACAAGAAGAUGGUAUUAGAUUAUACAUUUUAUCGCUAUUAACCAUUAUUCUCUCAUCUGUAUUUCCUGUAGAGUUAUUUCUACCAUCUGUCAGAAAAGAAAUUGUCUUAUACAUGAGGAAAAUUUCCUUUUAGAUGCUUUUCUCUGACUUCAUCAUUAAACCAGGCAUUUGGUUAAAAUCUUAGUACAAUAGAAGUUCCCACUGAAAAACACCUGGGCCUGAGCAGACCAACAGAGAGAAAUAAAAUAUGUUUUUGAAAGUUGCCUUUGAAAAUUCUGAUUUUCUUAUAUCUGAUUAAAAAAAUAAUAAAAAAAAAGCCUUGGUGAUGAACCGCAUUAAGUAUUAAGAAUGGCUUUCUUGUAAAUCAUUUAGUUUUCAUUCAGGCAUAAUUUCAAAAUGUAAUUCCAUCAAAGAAUUUUCUUAGGAUAUAUCAAUAAAAAGACUUAAAUUCUGCCUGGAUUUUAAUAGAAUUAGAACUUGUUUCCAUGGUUCUGUGUAGCAGCUCUAUCAAAAAGGAAGUUGAAACAGUCUGCUUUAAGUCUGAUAGAAUAUAAACAUGUGGUGUAUGAUGCACAUGAUUUUCUUCUUUUUGGGUAUCUCUUCUUGGCUUGCAAAUGCAAAGGAACAUUUUUGAAAAUCAGACCAGUUAGAAGGAGUUACUUAGCUAGGUAUAGCAAAUUAACUAUUUUGUCUUACUUAAGUAUUAUGUAUUUAAGUAAUACAAUAAAUUCAUCUGCCACCACUUACAGAAUCUAAGGGGAAGAUGGUUUGCUGACAGAAGAAAAAAGUAGCAUUAAAAAUCAAAGCAUGCUUUUCUUUGGCGUACGGGUUAGGCUUCAUAUGUGGUAUAUAGAAUUGGAGCUAUUUGUCAGAGCUGUUAAAACAAAGGACUGCUACUGAGGGCUUGAGGAAAGUGGGACUCCAGAGCCGGUGGCAGACUCAAACUCUCAAAAACUUGAUCUCGCUCAGUUCCAAAGAGAGGAAUUCAGCCCCCUCCACCUCUGUUUUUUUAACAAUCGAAAGCAAUUCAGCCCUGGCAAGAUUGAGACGGAUCCUAUUUCAAAACAUCAGAGAUUGAAUUUUGUUCACAGGCAGCAGGGAGACUUUUGUGACAGAAUCUGGUGUGAAGGGCAAUGGGCCCCAUCAUGAUCGAAGUUGUGUUUACGACCAGAGCAACAUAGUAGAUGGAGUUUACUGCCUCCCAAUAGCACACUGGAUUGAAGUCUCUGGGCAUACUGAUGAGAUGAAACACACAACCGAUUUCUAUUUCAAUAUCGCAGGACAUCAAGCUAUCCAUUACUCCAGGAUUCUGCCAAACAUCUGGCUGGGAAGUUGCCCUCGGCAGCUGGAGCAUGUGACCAUCAAGCUGAAGCAUGAACUGGGUGUUACAGCUGUGAUGAACUUCCAGACUGAAUCUGACAUUGUUCAAAAUUCCUGGGGCUGCAACCGCUACCCAGAACCCAUGAGCCCUGAAAUCCUCAUGAAGCUGUAUAAAGAAGAAGGUCUUGCCUAUGUCUGGCUGCCAACUGCAGACAUGAGCACUGAAGGAAGAAUCCAGAUGUUGCCACAAGCUGUCUGCCUCCUGCACGGGCUGCUGCAGAAUGGACACACUGUCUAUGUUCAUUGCAAUGCUGGUGUUGGCAGGUCUACAGCAGCUGUCAGUGGCUGGCUGAGGUACGUGAUGGGAUGGAGCCUGAGGAAAGUGCAGUACUUCUUGGCUUCCCGGAGACCAGCUGUCUAUAUAGAUGAGGAAGCUCUGAAUCGUGCUGAAGAAGAUUUCUACCAGAAAUUUGGGCAUCUUCGUUCCUCAUACCAAAUAGAAGAGUAGAAAAGCAGAAGAAGAAAAGGAAGGCAAAGAGGAAUCCUUACAUCUGAACCCCAGGAUUUAGAAAUUUCUGCGACUCAGGCACCCACCUCACCUCUUCAGAUUAUAAGCAUCUUGUAAAAGUGAUGAGAAUUUUGUUUAAAAAGUGCCCUAGAGUUUUUAAUUUGCUUUCUUCAAAGUGACAUGAUUCACAUUUUCAAGCCUUUUGGUGCAAUUAUGAGACCCAGAAACUGCAAAGUGAAAGGAGAUUUUCUUUUAACUAUUUGCCUAUAGGAAUGGAAGUUUCAGGGCUGACACUAAACUAAAGAUGUGAGGUGGAAUAGAGUUGGCAAUAAAAACUGACAAGAAAGAAAUACAAAGAUUGACUGGAUUAAGAUUCAGGUUAGGAUGGAGCAGACCAUCAUCAAAGCUGCUCAGUUAUUUUAAGCAGGUAUUAGAUUGUUGCAGUGUUUUGUAGUACUUCUGUAGACAAGUGGUAUUGAUGAGAAAGACCAGAAGGAAAUUGAUUCUUCAAUUCAGUGUUUAAAAACAAAAAGCUAAUGUCUAAUGCAGUGAACUAAGAUUUGCUCUUUGUCCAUCUAGUUAAUGUUAUGUAUUACGAGCUCCAGCUGUAUUCUUUUAUGACAUUGGGGUUAUGCUGGGCUGUGACAUGAAGAGAGGACACAGCUCCAGCUGUGGCAGCCUUGCUUUGUUGUGGGGCAGGACCACUGUUUGUUACAUUAUCCUAGGCUGUGAGUUCUCUGAGUUGAAGCUGCGUUUUGCUCCUCUGGUCCAUGCAGUGCUGUACAGGAGUUCCCUUAGGUGCCAAGUCAGUCUGAGCAGUAACCACUGGGGUAAGACAGGACCUGUAGGAAUUGUGUGGUGCAUGACUGGCACCACAGCCUCUGGGCUGUUGGUCUAGAUUAGUAUCUUCAAUACAGCAAAAGCCUCUCCUUGUGCAAGCAGUGGGUGUGUGUUAGGUUUAGCUGAUUGAAGCUAAUGCUGGGCUAUCUCUGGGCUGAAUGAAGUCAAUACAUUCCUCUAUAUGAACAAAGAGCAACUCUGCAGAGGAUAGUUUCUCAGGAGCUUAGCCCUAGUGUUAGCUUUGUGGGGAUGAUCCCUAAUGUUUUCUAUUGCUGCUUGGUCCCUUAGCUAAACUAAGCACCAACAGCUUUCAGUCCCACUCAGAUGAAACCAAUUUGAUGUAGAUUGAAUUUAAGAGAGAAUUAAAGAAGAAUAGACAUUAAGAAACAUAAUUUCUAUAGGUUUAUUCUUCAGUGAAAUCUCAUUUUUCCCAGCCAACUUGUUCCUCUAAAGAUGUAGUCAGUGACAGAGUAGUUUAAGUAAUAUAUAUUGAUUUUCUGAAUAUUUAAUGGAGAAACUAUUGGAUAUGAACUGUUUAUGGAGAAUGUCCAAAUGAAUAUAUUUUAUUUAUCCUUACUUCAAUCGUCUUGAAAAGAGAAAUAUUUAUUUAAGUUAUUCUAUGUGUGGUUUUGACCAUGACUUCAUUUGAGAUUUUUUGAAAUAACACUGCCUCUUUAGAAAAUGGAUGAGACAAUAAAGACAAAAUUACUAUUCCAGCA